UAUUCACAUUUCUUGUUCAGGACGGUUGGCCAGUAUGCUAGAAUUUGUGGACGAAUUAGACGUGAAGACAUCACACGAUUUUCUAUCAUUUUCUUGCUCUUUCUGGUAACGUUUUCUGGAUCUCUGUUUCUUGCACUUCGCGGUGAGACACGAACUUCGAACACAACGAAUGCAACACAGUCUGAUUUGGAUUUAUUUAGCCAAACAAGUACCUAUAAUGAUAUUCUGCUGACUGGUGUUCGAAUCAUGAUUGAACAAGACUCCAUUGUUGAUUAUCUUGGUGGUGGAGGCACUCGAGGCUUUGGAUGGCUUGGCGUUGUUAUCAUUCUUUUGUUUAUGGUUGCUGUUAUUGUUGUUCUCCUUAACGUUCUGAUUGCUCAGUUGAGUGACACGUAUCAGAAUGUACAGAGCGACGCUCAGAGAGAACUGGAAAUCAACCGUGCAUGGAUCAUGGCACGAAUAGAGCACAACAGCAUCUUGUUCUCGAAUUUGAGAACAAAAUACUAUCAAGAGGUAGAAAUAGUACACGACCCUCAAGGAGUGCUAGAAAAGUGGGAAGUACCACCCAUGAAUACAGUGAGCAAGACUCUGUCUAUAAUGGACGAAAAAAGUGACGAAUCACGAGCAGUCAUUGAAAGUUAUUAAAUCACAGCUCGAAGCUCAGACGGCUCUAAUGCAAAAACUCGUUUCUCAGAUGCAACAAUUGCAUGAAGAUGUUACCGGAAGAUGUCACCGGAAGUUCCCCCCCCCGCAAGUGUGAUGCGACGGUAGGGUCUGGCCACGCAAGACCAGGGUUUUACUGACUGUUCAAAUUUUGUUAUUAGAUACUAGAGCCUGCUGAUUAUUGAUUUUUGUCAUAGUUGUACGUAAUUCUAGAUCUGUCUUUGAUUAUACAAAUUCCUAGUGAAAUACAACAAGCAAUUUUAGGA